ACCGUGGCCUUUCACUCCCUGGGAUCUCCGUUCUUUCUGCAGGGUUGAUGUUAGAGCCUCUAGGUCAAAGCCCUUAUUUGCAGGCCAAAUAUGACCAAGGUGUCGAUGCUAAGAUCGUAGUAAUGGGCAACACGGGCGUCGGUAAAACGAGCCUGUUGUACCGAUAUACCCAAAACAAGUUCGAGCCCAAGAAUACCACUUCCACCACCGGGGCACUCUUCAUCUCGAAGAAAUUGUAUGUAAACGGAAUCCGUAUACGAUUGCAACUGUGGGAUACAGCGGGACAAGAGAGGUUUAGGAGUAUGGCCCCAAUGUACUACCGCGGCGCACAUGCAGCGCUCCUUAUGUACGAUAUCACGAACGCAGCCUCCUUUGAAGAUAUACGAGGAUGGCUUGAAGAACUGAAAAGCAACUGCUCUCCGGAUCUAAUCAUCUAUAUCGUCGGCUCAAAGGCAGAUCUACUCCGACAAAGACAAAUCACGUCUGACCUGGCUCGGCUCUCUCUACACCGCUGGUUUCCACCGCCUCAGCCCCCGACGCCGCCGCCUCCACCGCCACCGUCUACUUUUGCCUACAUGCGGCCACGCUUCACCUCAUUCACCAGCAUGCGCAGUGUUCCCAUUCCGUUCCCGGUGAAACAGCCGAUCACACCCUCAGCAGAGACUGAUGAUAGUCACGACUCCCGUUCCUCUGGGCUAACCCGCUCAACUACCUCCGCGGUAUACACCCGGCCGAGAGCGAAGAGCGGAGGAGAUCUACUACAACGGGCCAAUACCACUGGGAUGAUCCUACGUCACGGACUCAACGCGACCUGGAAGACAUCUGGUGAUGCCAGCAGCAGCAGCCAGCUCGCAGAGGAAGACGACCCUGAUGACACAGACGAUCGAGAAUGGGGACUCCAGAAGGGCAUGGAACUUUUCGAGGUCUCCGCCAAAGAUGACACAGGCGUCAAGCAACUUUUUGACUCCUUAUUGGCCGCUAUUAUCAAGCGAAAGGACGUUAUCGAGGCUGAGAACGAAAUGAAGAAGCGCGAUAGCGUGUAUCUUACCCCCGCGACAACGCCAGUUUGGGCAGCCCAAGCCGAUGCAGAGGAGAAAGCUCAGGCUGCCGCUGUAUCUUCCUCCUGGCGCUGCUGUUCCGUAUAGUGUCUAUUCAAGGUUUGCCAUCGCCUUAUCUCUUCCGCCGCCCUCAACCCUCAACUCUGUCGUUCCUGGGUUUCUCCCUUUAUUUCGUCACUAGUCAUCAGCCAUCGCCUGCCAGCUAUCGUUUGCAUUUCUCAUUUCCACAUCAUCUUGCAUUGUCUCUCUGCUCCCUCCCACACCUCACUGGUGCCAUGCCGUCUUGGGUUUCAGGUCUCCUAUCCUCCAUCCAUGCCAUACCUGACGCAAUUACCCAUGGAUUUUCUCCCGUCUUUUUUCCCGUGUCCUAUUACUUUAUCGUAUUUGAGGCUUCAUGCUUUACCAUACAGUCACGCAAUAUAUUAGCUCC